AUGGAGCCCCGCAAAACCCCUCCAGAGUACUUCCUGGAGAUCUUCGCCGAUACCGCCGCAGUGCGCGAUGUGCUAAAAGGCAUCCUGAACCUCAUCUUCUUCCACCGAUACUUCCCGUCCGUCCGACCAACAUCCUUCGAGGUAUUGGACUUCUCACUCCCGGCAAUCAAAGAUGCGGACCUCGAGACCUUGAUCGAAUCCCGUGUUAGCGCGCUUGUGCGGCAGCAUCUCUCCCCCGCCGCUGGGGGCCAAGAUGGCAAAGUGGGCGCGGGCGGAGGUGUACGUGGUCGGAUUGCUGUGGAAUUCUACGAAAAGAAGCGGCGCCGCUCUGGACUUUGGUUUGGAGGACUAGCUGGGAAGGCAGAGGAGGAGGUCCUAUGGGAGAUUUGGACGUUGGAUGUGACCAUUGCCACCCCACGGACGGAUGCUGAACGAGCCAAGGUCGGCCUUGCCAUGAGCAAAAUGCUCCAGAAGGCCGCGUUCAAGAUCAGGGACAUUAUUCAUGAUAACAAUGACCAUAUUCCGCCAAUCACAACCAGUGACUCCAACCCAUUCCCUUAUCGCAUUGUUGUGAACCCAAGGACCGAUAGUUGGGGUAAUCGCAUUGGGCUGAAUUCGCAAACAUGA